AUGUCCAGGUUGAGGGAGUCGAGUUGGGCCUCUGUACCCAUACAUCUCAGAGCCUUGGGGCUCAUUGGAAGUGAGGUGAUCGCUAACGCUGCUAUCUGGACAGCAGCGGGUGUAUGCUUUGGCAAAGAGGACGAAAUUCUAGGUCUCGCUCUACUGGCUUGGGCGAGUGAUGGCAAUCGGUCUCAGACAUGGUCUUGA